AUGUCUUGGCUCAAGAUCCUGCUUGGCGUCAUUGCCUUAUCCCUCGUUCUCUCCUACAUCGUCAUCCCGUCCGCCUUGUCAAUAGCCAGCAGCUUCAAGUUCAGAGCAACCCGUCUCUCGCUCCUCUCUGCUCGCGGCAUCGAAUGGCGUCACAAAUCUCAUGAGGUCGCCAACGUCCCGACGCUCCGCAUCGAGAGGAUCUACUGGUCGCGCGGGCGAGGGCCGGCCCCCGUCGGCCUAAUCACACUCAACGUUGAGGGUAUAGUCGUUCGUGUCAGGAAGGCUCCUCACGACGAUAGCCCACCCAAGCGCAAGAAACAGAUUGCGGUUCCCCAGUCUCUCCAGCAGGUGGUCCACUUCAUCACACACUUCCUCCUGCCUCACUGGUCGACUCUGGCCAGCCUGGUGUCGAUCCGAGUGUCGGGGGUCAGAGUCAUCUUUGAGGAUCUCCAGGAUCUCGAGGCUUCCAUUGGCGAGGUGCGCGUUGGAGUCACCAAGGACACGUCUGGGCCCCUUCCGCCAGUGUCUAGUCUCCAGCCCGACGCGCAUACAGAAGACUUCCCCGCCUUCCCCAAGGAAUCGAGCGCUGAGGGUACGCCAACAAGGCGCGAUGGGGGCCUACACCGCCGAUCCCCUUCCAUCCACUCGCGGGUCUCAAAGACCGCAUCUCAGUUCUGGACGAACGCUACCAAGGGCGUGGAGAGGGUCGCCUUCACUGUUGUCGUUUCCGAAGCGGCGAUCCUCCUGCCCAAGUCGACCUCGUCGACUGCUCAGCCCGCGAGUGCAGUUCCCCCGCAUGCCCGGUUCCCCAGCAACGGCAGUGGUAACACGCCUCUCGGCAGCGCGGCCAUGGGCACUUUCGAAUCCAUCCUCCACCCGCUGCCGUGGUACGCAAAGCAGAACGACGGCGGGUAUGACAAGAUCAUGGGCAUCGACACCGACUCGAAGGCUGUCUUGUCUGCCGGCUUCGGGCCCAACCGUGGCGUCCUCGACGAGGACAAUCUGCGGUUGAGCAUCAACAUUGGCAGAGUAUCGAGCGACCUAAACCAGGCCGUGAAGCUCCGUGGGCUCGCGAAGCCGAAGCCGGCAGCUGAGCCAGAAGAACCAGCUGCACCGCCUGCGGUGACUGCCCCAGCCGAGUCCCCCUGGGCACCUCGAGGCAAGGCUCGCGUAGGUCAAGAUCUCUUGAGUGGGACUGACAUCCAGGUACUUCUGCGUGCUUUCGAGUCUGUAUCAGUUGCGGCCCAGCAAGUGGGACUGUCAUACUCGCUACCAAAGGUACCGGAAGCGUCAGGCGAGAAGGCUGCCCUGACCGACUCGCACACCGUGUCUGUCGACUUGUCCGGCUUCUCGCUUGCUCUGUCCGGCACCAACUCUGGCUCAGAUCCUAGGCUUGGUCAGAUCUAUGGGUCAAGCGCCAAGGAGAAUAGCGUCAUUCGCGGCAUCAACGCCCACAUCCAGUGGAGGUCUAUCGGCGCGCAGUAUCUGUCACCGGGAGGCAAGGCGUCCGAUUCCACCCAAUUCCUCAUGAUUAAGCAGGCCCAGAUCGACCUGUUGACAACUUGGCGCCCGGGUGGCUGGACACGCCAGCUCCUUUUCAGUGACGACCUGAAUCUGUCCAUCGUCAUUGCCCGCGGAUGUAUCGCGUCGGUCGAUGCGGCAGGCGAUGUCAAGGUCUUCGAGGAGCUGCUGCAGGCGUGGCACCAUCUACACCCGAAGCCCACGCCUCAGCCACCAAAGCCUGUACGGAAACCAGCCCGCCCAAUUUCGCUGCCUCCUCGCUUCAGGAUCCUCUUCGAAGUUGGUCGCAUCUCAGUCGCACUCGGCAACAGUGGCUCGACAGACUCUGCGACAAUAUCAACGGAGACGGACGGCUUGGUCAUUGGUGCCCACUCGUCGUUCAGCGACGUCCGGCCCGGUAACGACGGUCGAGGAGGUACCUCGGACAGAGAGUUUUCCGAGACCGGAAGCUCUUUCACCUAUGACACUUCCCCAGAAACGUCACUGGACUCGGCUUCAGAAGACGAUGUUUCCCUCGUCAAACGUGGCGAGGCCUUCGUGAGGAUGCGGCCACUCACCACCCGGAUAUCGCUUGGGGCGCAGGACGAGAGGGAGAAGACCUACCGACUUGCCACCAUUGGUGCUAUCGAAGGUCGAGUGCAUGGUAGUGUCUUGGGUUCGAGAACGUCACUCGAGAAUGGGGACGAGCAUUGGACAGUCACUCCCGGCACCCUUACUCUGGACAUUGAGACGGUUGUCGACAACGGCAUUCAGGUUGAGCUCUGGAACGCGGCGGUCCUGAAAGCCAUCGACCUGCUCAUCGACGCCGGAAAGCCGCGGGCAGCCAAACCCCACGCCCCAGUGUCCAAGCCUCCCAGCGAUGGCAAAGCACGCUUUAUCGAGCGCCUCCCAUCUGGUAUCUCGCUGCGCGUCUCGCUCGGGUACAUUUCCGUGUUUGUCGGUCACCCAGACCUCAAUCCCGAACACAGCUCCUUGGUGCGUGGUCUCUGGCUGCGAACCACCAUCAAGCUCGAGUACGCCCACUACGCCAGCACCGCGUACGCCAAGCACUGCAAGCAUCGGCUUGAUUCCAACCCGCGCGAGCAGCUCAACCUCGACGACGACAUCACGACUGAAGCAAUGGCUGCUACCCGUGGGCUUGAGAAGGACGGCGGGCAUGCUGCCUUGAUGAGCGUCACAGUCCUGGACACUACGAUCCACUCGGUCUUCAAUGGGCAGGCGUUCGUCGCAAAGGGUGGCGCAGACAGGCUCCCUCCGGUUGAUGACUGGAAGAUGCCGCCUCGGCCAGACGAGAACGCUGCCUUUGUGCCCCUGUGGGGAGGAUCCAAGAACGCCGCGUUGAGGAAGCAGCCACUGGAGACGGAGACGGACUAUACUCCAGGUGUCGAUGUCGGCACCCGGGCGUUUGUUCGGAUACCUUCCUUCCUCACGAACUGCUACGUUCAUCGAUUGUCACCUCAAGCAGAGACCGUCGUCAUGGUCCGGUCGCAAGUGGAGCUGGUUCACGUCGUCGGAAAUCUUUCAGACAUCUACUCUGGCCUCAUGGUUGCCAAGGCAGCCCAUCGGAUCGCCACGAGGAUCAAGCCCCCCGCACCGAAAGCCCCGCCAACCGAGCAGGCCACACCGGAACCGGCGCCAUCCUCGCCGCAGUCGCCCCGGUCGCCCAAUCUGGACUUUGUGCUUCAGAUGCCAACGGUGUGGGUGCACCUCGGUCUGCCCCAGGAGUUCCCAAUAUUCUUCUCCAUGUCUACCGUCAGCGUGGUCAAGCAGAAGGGCAAGCUGCUCGCGGUUCGGGCAGGUCACGCCCUCCUCCAUUGCCUGAGCCCGCAGUAUUUCGGCUUCUGGGACGAGGUUGGCCGCAUCAAGGACUUGGAAGUGCUGCUCGAGUCCCCAGGAUCAAUCGCAGUGCACGCAAAGGGCUUCCGGAUUCGAUUGCCGUACGCGUUUGUUAUGGCGUCUCUCAUUCUCAGUGUCAAGACGAUAAUCAAGGCCACCAAGCUCCUCGCGGAGAAUAUCAAGUUGGACCACUUUGAGAACAGACUGGUGCCCGACGCUGAAGGCCCGAAGAAGUUGCCCAACCUCCGGAUCAAGGUCGAGUUGUUCCACGUGGAAGCACGCGAUCACCCCGUCGAGAGCAGGAUCAACUUGGCGUGCCGCGCUGGUCUGGUUGAACAGCAGACCAGGCUCAACCUUCAGGACAUGUUUGACCAGAAGGUCAACCUUCUACGCGACCCUACAGCCAAGUCUCCGUCUGGGCUCACCACAGAGCAGACGGUCGACGUCGACGAAGCCCACUACCGUCUUCAGUGGCACAUUUCACGAAACUGGGUGAAACGCAUGAAGCGCGCGAGACACGAGCAGCGUCGUCGAGAGGACGGGGUUCAAGACCGCCUCAAGAUCAAGAUUGAGAAGAAGCUACCUAUCCACUUGCUACCCCUUGAGCAAACAGUGCCUUUGAUUCGUGCGGCCUUCUCUGGCGUCAAUCUCGCCAUCUCAGCACCCAAGGAGAACCGCACUGAACUCAUCAAGUACAUGGGCGAGGUGUCUUCACCAUUCGAGGAUGACGUUGAGUUCACUCUGAUGAUUCCAUUCAACCUCGACUUGUCACUGGAUGAGUUCAAGUUCUCCUUGCGCGACUACCCAUUGCCUCUUCUGCGGGUGCAACGGACACACGGCGGGCCCAGCUUCAAGAUCACCACUCUGUUCGUGAUCGCCGAGGAGAUGUCGAACGAGGACUCGUGGGUCUUUGUCCCUGCUAUCGUUCUCCCCGAGGGCUGUGGUCAGGAGGACUCUCCGGCGCUGGUUGUCGAUACACCAAAGACACUCCUUGCUGUCAAGACGUACGCUCGGCCGAUUAUCAAGGUCAACUCGCCCGCCCCCACGUUCUUGACAUGGGGCACGUCUUACUCGCCAGGAAUAUCUGAUGUCCAGAGGAUGUUUGAUACCCUUUCGUUCGCUGUGCCAGACCCAUCUCCAAGAGUUGGGUUCUGGGACAAGAUCAGGCUCAUUCUUCACUGGAAGGUUACGGUUGACUUCAAGGGUACUCUCCGUUUCUACCUCAAGGGUGAGUGGCAGCCCUCUAGCAAUGCUGACAAGAUAGGUUCGGCAGACCCGUACGCCAUCAACGGCAUGGCGGCAGGCUUUGCACUUGUGUGGCGGAAGAAUGUCCGAAUCGAAAUCAACCAGCCGAAUAACCAGGGCGAGCUCAUACAGAUCACAGCCGAGGAGUGUCUCGUCACAAUACCAGAUCUGACGGCACUACACGAUGCAGCUGCCGUAGGUAACGACACCCCGCCAGCGGAUCAAGAAGCGGCGGACAGAGCCUUGAUCUUGCGCAAGGCCAAGAAGCCUUGUGCGAGAUUCCUCAAUGGCAUUCGAUUCGGCAUCGGCUUCAGAUUCGAAAGGACAUGUCGCGCGUGGACCUGCACGGAGGACGGAACUACAGACAACCUCUUGCAUCGCCAGUGCCGAUUGUUCACAUUCAGCCCUCACCAGACUGUCAUCCUACGAACGCCAGAGGCAUACGAUCGCAUGGAGAGGGAAGUUGGUCACCCGUUCGACUCUUACGAAGGGUUCCGAUCCGACUUUAUCCACUUUUCCGUGUCUCUUGACGCGCCAAGAGAUGGCGACAAGGACAACAAGUCGGUCGACGCCGAGACGCAUAACAGUUUGCACUUGACCCCCAAGGCGUUUGCCCACUUCUUUGCCUGGUGGAGACUAUUCGGAGCCAAGACGCCGGCCCCGAUCAGGCAAGGCAGAGUCUUCCCCGAAGGGCCACCGCCAUCCAAGAAGUUUGGUGCCAGCAUGGCCACAAUCAAGUAUCGAUGCGACCUUGCGCCAGUGUACAUGUCGCACGUCUAUGACCAGGUGUCUCGAGAGCUCUGGCACAAUGGUAAAGCACAAAGCCUUGGUCUCAAGAUGCGUGUCCGUCGCUUCCGUCUGGACGGUCACCAGCGAAUGGUGGAGAAGCGAGAGUGGUCCGAGCUACUCAACAGGAUCAAGACAGUCACCCACAAGCCUUUCUACGCUGCAGACCUUUUGCUCGACGAGAUGCGUAUCAAGGGCAUUGUCGCGACGUUUAGCGAGAUCUCCGAAGGCCCAGAGACACCCCACACCGAUGACCCAGAGCUCAACUUCCCCAAGGCCGAUGAACUUCCAAAGGACCUUCGUGAAUGGUACAACUUCUUCGACUUUAUCGAUGCGAACCGAAUUCCAUUCGACAAGAACCCGCGGAUGCAGAUUGUCCAUCUAGGCGACUGCUCGCAUGUCUUCCUCUCGCGUCGUAUCAAGGCGCGCAGAACAUCGCCGUUCCCCGACCAAAAGGCGUACACCGACAUGGGAUACACCAAGUUUGGACACGAGAAGACGCACAUCUGCUAUUUGGGCGCGGCGGCAAGCGUCGGUGAAAUGCAGACGCAGCUCGCUGAGGAGCGAAUCGAAGAGCUCCAGGAGAUGCUCAAGAGCCCGAGCUCUGAGGCCACGAAAGAGCAGGUCCACCACCGCAUUGGCAUCCUGGAGGCCAACAUACAGAAGUUGGCAGUACAGGAACGGCGACACAUGGACGACAAUACGAUUGUGCCCCACGAUGCCCCGCCGUCUGGAACCAAGCUCUUGGACAAUGACGCGACUCUGACGUUUGAGAACACUGUCCACGUUCACGGCCCGCGACUCUUCUUCAACAAUGUGUCGCGCAACGUGCUGUACAAGUACUUCUAUUCUCGAAGCGAUCGCCAGCGUGAGGAAUACUCGACAUCGAAUGCCUCGAUUAGGAACAUCAGGGACGGCAUUACUCGUCGGGCCGCGCGCAGGGCUAAUGGCCUCAACCAGGACGACAAGCUCGGCUCGGACGAGAACUUCUCCAUUGAUGAGAUGCGCCAAAUGUUGGAGAACCUGGUUACCCACAAUGCCGACCAGUUCCGUGUACCCGUCAACAUCUUCACGGAUAACGAGGCCGUCCGGCGAGCGGAGCAAGGUCUACCGACCGAAUGUUCUGUGCACCCCAGCUUGCGUGUCCUCUGUCUCCAACCGCAGAUCUCGCUCCGCAGCACGGCCGAUGAGAACGCCGUGAUCCUGUUGGCUGUGGACGAAAUCUCGUUCAAGGUGUUCAGCAUCAAGGAUAUGGACGGCCCGAAUCAGACCGUUACCGAUGUUCUGUCACGAAACACGGUCGACCUGGUGGGCAUGCAGGCGUUCAGCCCGACCGACAGCUCGCUGGAGCGUACCAAUGGCAUGAACCGCGAACUCGAGUUCCUACCUCGUGAGGUGUUUGUCGACGUGCGGAGUGAAUCGUCCGACUAUGAGCGGAUCGUCCUCAAGACGGACCUCAUCGCGACGUUUGACCGCUUCAACACGCUCAGAGUGCCUCGUGGUCUUGAAUGGCCAGAGACUCUGGACGAUUACGGCGAGCCAAUCUACCACUUGCGCAAGCACCAGAACCUCACGAGCGUCCUCAUCCCGAUGAUCACCGUGUCGGCCACGUCGCAGCACUACACGGCACUCUACUACAUCGUCACGGACCUGAUCAUGUACCGAGACCCACAGUCGGUUACGCGCACGGAGAAGAUUCAAAACUUCCUGUACAAGUUUGACCGCCGUGAUCGCAACACGCCACAGUUACUGGCCGACCUGGACCUGACACAGCAGCACAUUCGUGGACUGUCUGCGCUCCAACGUGACUACGAGUCGAACGUGGAUCGCCUGAGCGACGAGGGCAAGCGGCUGCUGUUCGAGAUCCGAACCGACGUGCUCAAUGAAACCGAGAGCUUGUUCACUGCCAUUGAGGUAAUCAACAUCAGCAAGGACCGUGAAGAUGCCAAGGAGGCGCUCAAGAUUGACUCGAGGAUCGAGCUUCGCGCUGGCAACGUUGCGUGGCACAUGCUCCGUGACAGUGGGCACCCUCUGCUCAAGCUCAACAUCAAGCAUACCAUGGGCGUGAUCAAGAACAACAAGGACGCGUCGUCUGACAAUGCCUUGGUCAUUGGCGAACUGCAAGCGCUCAACUCCAAUGCGGAUUCAGUGUACCAGGAGGUCAUUAUCCCGUACGACAGGCAGCAGCUUGUCUUGAAGAGGAGCGAUGUUAAGAGCAAUUGCUCCGUGUCUUGCUCUCUGGCAUUUGUCCCAUCUGUCGGUGGUAUCGGCAUCAUCAAGGAGUUUGCAUUCUACCUCUACCCGUUCCGCUUCAAACUCGAGGAGCGGGUUGGGAGCUUGGCCAUGGACUACCUGUUCAACGAUCGGACCAAGAAGCACGACGAUGUCAAGGACAACAACCACCAUCCGAAGAAGAAGGAGUUGACGGGAGACAAGAACCAGUCGUCACACGCGCUGGUGACGACUGCCAAUGGGAGACACAGAUCCAACACAAUCCUCGAGACUGCGCCGCCCCAUGGCUUCAGCACUGUUCCCGACGAGGACGCGGCGGAAAUGCAACGUCGCGCGUCAAGAAACUGGACCUUUGGGUCCAUUGUCGUUGGCAAGACGUUCUUCGUCCUGGACUACAAGAGAGACGACUCGAAGCCGCGCAGCGGCUUUGUCUGGCCCGAAGUCGUUCAGUUCAAGCUCAACGCGCCAGAGUUCCACUACGUCAACAAGGUUUGGGGCUUUGCGGACAUUGUCGAGUGCGUCAAGAAGGACCUGCUCAAGUCGGCAUGGUCGCAGCGCAAAGAAAUUAUCGACCAGGUGUUCACCAAGACGUCUGUGUUCCGGUCGAAGAAGGGCCUGAGACACAUGGCUGGGAUCGAGACGGACGCCAGUUCGACCACGUCGUCUAAGAAGGGCAGCUCAAAGUCGCCCCUGCGUUUCACGGUGCAGCCUGCAACACCGUUGGACUUUGACGACGUUCACCCACCAACAGUGUCUGACACGAUUGAUGGUGAUCCGCACGAGCACGAUGGGAACGGGAACGGGAACGGAAACGGGAGCAUGGAGGUGCUUGACGACCACCAUGACACUGCCACCAAGCCGAAGAAGUUGGGCUUUAUGGCCAAGCUCCGGAGGAGGGGUAGCAAGAGCGAGGUGGCAAGGGCAGACCUUGACCACCCGAGGGGAGUACAGGGCUCGAGUGAUGAUCUGUCGUUAGUGAGCGAGUCGUCGUCGGGGCACAAGGUGAUAUCGCGAGAGGCGUCGGUUGGGAGCUUGCCCACGGCGUCUCGCGAGGCGUCCACGACGUCGACGUCGACUUCGGCCUCGGCGACAUCCAGCGGUUAG